AUGGAUGAGAAGACAAUUGAUUCGAUUUUCUCGGGGUCUCUGAAGAGUCUUCCACCAGUCAGUUCGAAGAUCGUGAGGAUUUUCACGAGUUCAACAUUUACAGACACAACAAUGGAACGAAACACUUUGAUGGCGCAGUGUUACCCGAAGUUGAAAGAUUAUUGCCGGGAAAAGCAUGGAUUGGAGUUUCAGGUGGUAGAUAUGCGAUGGGGCGUACGUGAUGAAGCGACCGAUGAUCACAUGACAACCGAACUCUGCAUGAGGGAGAUUGAGAAUUGUCAGCGGCUCUCCAUGGGGCCCAAUUUCGUCGUGUUCCUGGGCCAGAAGUACGGCUACCGUCCGAUUCCGACAUACGUCUUGAGCUCUGAACUAGAGAUGCUCCGGGCGGACCUCGAAACCCAGGGUAUGGAGGUGGAGGUCUUGGACACUUGGUACAAGAAGGACAGCAACGCAGUUCCGCCCACCAGCGUCUUACAGCCAAUCUCUUCGAUCCUCAAGAACUUCAACAACAAGCGAAUUCCAAAACUCCAGGCGGAGGACCAGGCGAUCUGGUGGGACACAAUGCUGAAGAUGCAGAAGUUGUUUCGAAAAGGUGCCCAGUCGCUCUUCAACUCUGGGAAAUUCGACAAGGAUACAAUGCACAACUACUUCAUGUCGGUAACCGAGCGAGAAGUCAUAAACGGAAUUCUCAACGUCAAGAACACGAAGAACCACUGCUUGGCAUACGUCAGAUACAUCAACAACAUAAACCUCCAGAACUUGCGGAAGGCGGGUCUCUUUCUGGACAUAGCCAACAGGAGUUUGGACAACGAAGCAGCUAGAUUGCUGGCAGAUCUACGAGACGAGCGACUGCCCAACAAGAUUGAGAGUGGAAAUCUGCAGCGAUAUACAGUUGAAUGGAUUGGACGUGAGGGUCUAGACCCGGAGACCCACGGGGAGUACCUCCAGCAUUUCAUCACGCACUUCUACAGGAACAUGGUGAAGCUGGUGGACAGGGCAAUGAGGAAGGAAGACAGCUCGGCCCAAGGGCAGAUAAUCACGGAACUUCUGCAGCAUCUCCAUGCGUGCAACAACUCAGUGAAGGUAUUCUACGGUCGUGAGGACUCCCUAGAGAAGAUCAAGACAUACAUGCUGGGGGAUAGUGAGAAGCCGCUAGUACUCUACGGCGAGGGGGGCUGCGGCAAGACUUCACUUCUCGCCAAGAGUGCGGGACUGAGCAAUUCUAAUAAUUGGUUGUCAGGAAAGAAACCGAUAAGUGUCAUCAGAUACCUAGGGACAACCCCCGACAGCAGCGCGCUCACUCCCACGUUGAUAUCCAUCUGUCAACAGAUAUCCUACAACUUCAUGCUUCCAUUUGACGAGAUCCCAGAUGAUCUGGUGCCUCUCACAGCACAUUUCAAGCAUCUUCUGACGCUUGCCACCGCGUAUCAACCGAUCCUCUUAUUCCUUGACUCUGUCGAUCAGCUGACAGGGGCCCAGGGUAACAAACUCUCAUGGCUUCCCACCAGAUUACCCCCCAAUUGCAAGAUGAUCCUGUCCUGUGCGGCUGAGGAGUCCAAUCCCGUCAUCUCCCGGGACUAUCACCUUCUUCGAAGAAUGAUUGACACUGAAGAGAGUUUCAUUGAAGUCACUGCUCUAGGAGAAGAGCUAGCCAUGGACGUCAUCAAGAUGUGGAUGAAGACCGCUCAUCGUGACCUCAACAACUACCAAUGGCGUCUCGUUGCCAACGCCAUCUCCAAGUGCUCCCUCCCGAUCUUCGUGAAACUAGUGUUUGCAGAGAUUUGUCGAUGGAGAAGCUACACCAAACCCGCGGAUACUCAUCUGGCGAGCACAGUGAUGGACAGCAUCAUGAUGCUCUUCGAGAGGAUCGAGAAACAGCACGGAAAGAUCUUGGUCUUCCACGCACUAGCCUACAUCACAGCUGCCAAGAGCGGACUAUCGGAAUCCGAACUUGAAGACCUGAUAUCUCUGGACGAUAAGGUCCUAGAUGACGUCUACCAGUAUCAUCUGCCUCCAGUGAGGAGGAUUCCCCCUCUCCUCUGGACGAGAAUCAGAAACGAUUUGCCGAAUUAUCUGAGUGAACGAGAGGCUGACGGUGUCAGUGUCCUCAACUGGUACCACAGACAGUUUCGAGAUACUGCCAAGGAGAGAUACUUCAAGAACAUGAACAUGGCGAUGUAUUUUCACUCGAUGAUUGCGGAUUACUACCUGGGGAUCUGGGGUGGUGGGAGACCGAAGCCCUUCAAAUAUACCGAGAUCCAGAGACAUCGUUUCAAUCUCACGGAUAAGGAAGGUGUGGCUGAUCGCAAGGUACCGGAGCAGCCGCUCGCCUUUUACUCAAAGGAAGGAAAGCUAUCGCGAUACAACUUGAGGAAGUUUGGCGAGCUGCCGUACCACCUGGUGCGAGCGAGGAGAUUCAAUGAUCUCUUCGAGAACGUUCUAUUUAAUUACGAGUGGCUUCACGCCAAGCUGAGCUCCUGCCCGCUGCAGGCAGUGCUGUCAGACUUUGAGGAUGCUUGCACUAAUAUUGAAGAUCAGAAUCACGUGAGGGAGUUGAUGCUGGUGGCCGAUGCUCUGCGGUUAGGAGGCGCCAUCCUCGGGAAUCAUCCGAAUAUGCUGGCGCCACAGUUGGUCGGAAGACUCCUCCCAGAAAUCGGAGGCAAUUACAACAUCAUGAUGCUGCUGAGGGCUUGCGACAAAGAUGGCACGAAAGAUUGUGCGUUAAUGCCAUUGUAUCACUGUCUUCAUACACCCGGAGGACCUCUGAAGUACUCCUUGGAGGGUCAUCAAUUCGCAGUUUUCGGAUUCUGUUUGACCUCGGACUACCGCUACGUGGUAUCAAUUUCCAACCGCUUCAUCACCUGGGACCUCUCCACCAGCGACAUGACUCGUGACGUCAAUCCCGGGAUUGAGGGCAUCAUGCAGCAGCUGAUUCUCAGUCCUGAUAACAGAUACGCAGCGGCGUUCACCACGAACAAUCAGAUCGUCAUCCUGAACACGUUGACAAGUGAAUUCGUCAUCGUGGACAAUCCCCUUCCGGAAGAGGAGCCGGUCUGCGGGGUCCACCUGAUGAACCAGUUCGCCUUUGUCUGGGGGAGGAGCGGCUGGUGCCGAUUUGAUCUGCGUGGGAACCUCCUGUCCAAGCACUCGUCUUCAGAGGAUCCUAAUCAAUGGCAGAUCCUCACUGUCGAGUACACAGUCCUUGAGGAGUAUCGCCUGGUCUUCUGGACGGGUAGUCUAGAAGACCCAGUGAUGCAGCUCAACACAUACCUCUCAUCCGGACCUCUGGACUCUCUCCGAUUUCGGGCAGCAAUGGCAUUGACCAACGACAAACGAACUCUCUACGCCUGCAGCUCUGACGACGACUUCCGGGUCACAAAAUUCACAAUUUCUGAGAAUCAGUCGCACUGGGAGAGGCAAUUUGACAUGGGGCGAGCCUACAACGACAAGACAGAGUACCUCCUUCAACUGAAGAUCGACAGACACGAGGAGACACUUCUCGCGACCACUGGCAACGGCUUUGUCGUCUGGUUCUUGGACAACACCUCCAAACCAGCUGUUCUGUCGUUACCCAAUGGCGUGAGGAACAUCAGCACCAGAAUGCUGUCAUCCAACUCAAUAAUGGUGAGUGGCACCAAGAAUUACGCAGUAGCGGGAGUCAGAAAGAACCUCUACGUCUGGUGUUUGGAGACGUCUGACCUCGUCAAGAUCCUCGACGCUCACUUCGCGAGGAUCAUCCAGCUGGAGGCGCUAACCAUCGGCAACUGGAAUAGCGUCAUCACCUCCAGCAUCGACAGAAGCGUCAAAGUGUGGAACAUUGACAACAUCUUCGAGCAGGUUCACGUCAUCGAUCGUCACGAAUUGCAGAUAGAUUCCAUUUGUCUCGCUGAGGACUGCAGUCUCGCGGUGACUGUCACCAGGAGUUGUGUCGGGGUCUGGGACCUACAGUCCGGGAAGCUAGUGUCAAAACUAGCGGACAGCCCCCUAGGGGCGAUAGUAACGCACGCAUCGAUAACUCACGACGGAAAGUUUAUCGUUUCGACGGAAUCUGGGAAUCUGCUGAUUUGGAAUAGGAUCACAGAACAGGUGCUGUUCAAGGAGGAACAGCCGGGGAUCAGGCAACUGACUCUCCUUCAGGAGUCGACCAAGUGCCUCGCAGUCUCCAGACCCUCCAACCCCAUUGGGGUCGAGUGCAUGAAGACUACAGCUACUCUAGUCAUGAGAAGCGUUCCUGAUGGCAGAACGCUGUUCUCGGUGGAGUAUCCUGUCAGGAGCCACACGGGCAUGCCCUUCAGGAAGGUUGUGCUCACAUCUGAUGGGGGAUUUUUGGUCGUACCUGGUGCCGAGAAGUUAUCCAGGGACUUUGUCAUUGUUUAUAAUGCCAAAACGGGAGCUCUUGUCAGCAAGAUUCCGAUCAAGCUGCCUGGGUUCAAGGAUAUUCUCAGUCUUGUUCCGAUGCCGAAUAAAGCUCAGUGGGUGGGCAUCAUUGGGAGUGAUAAGGGGAGCAUUAUUGAUAUUAAUAAGAAGAAGAUCAUCAGGUCGAUACCGAGGUGGAGUGGGAAUAUCAGUAAGGAUGGAAAGUACACGCUUUAUGCUCCUAGCAGAGGGGGUUUGGAACUCGUGGAGCUGAAAAAAGGAACGACUGUGAAGACGUACAUUCCAAAAGUUGCCGAAGGUGUCUUCACCGUGAUUUCAAUGUUCAAUAGGACUGAUGAGUAUGUUCUUUAUUACCACAGUGGGAGAAAGACAAUCAGAAUCUUCAGGUCUUCUGAUUGCGAGAUGAUAGCCAAUUACAGAGUUCCAGCUGAAUUGAGCGCUGUGGACAGCACAUAUGACGGCAAGAGCAUCGUCCUGGGGACAGUGGAUGGUUGUGUUUCAGUUCUGGCUAUUGCUGAUCCACAGAAACCUGAUAUGAAGGAGUACCUGAGGGCUUUACCCUCCAGAGACGAAACGUGGAAGAAGAAAAUGGAGAAGCAAAAAGCUGCUAUCAAGUUCAAAGCAGCUGCGAGGAUUGCCAGAGUCACUCACGACCUCACUAUGACAGUACGAAACGCAAAUUCUCUCGGGGAAACUGCUGAUGAAAGUGAAGAAGACGAGGAAGAUUGAGGCUGACGUUUCCAACAACGAAAUGUUGAUCCAAGAGUAUUUUCAAAAUUUUUCUUUCUGUCAUGUUGAUAAUUCGAUAAUUAAAAAACUAG